UUGUAUUUUGCAACGGUCGUUGGUUGGUUGGUGAUGUGGGAGGAGGACAACAAGCGCAGCCGCCAUGUGCAUCGUGGUGUGGCAGCCGCAGACACUGGCACGGAUCGCGCUGGAGAGACGGGCGAGACACGGCUCCGUCCAUCAUCACCUGCUUCACCGUCUUCGUCGUCCACUUCCUCUUCUGUUUCGUCCAGACUGACCUCGCCAAUGCGUGCUACAAGAAGCAGUGGCAGGAUACCAGCCCACCAGCAAUCGCUUCCGGGGUCCACUGCUGCCACUGGCGGCGCUGCUUCACUGUUGGAAGGCUCUGAAGAUCCACUCCGGGACCUGGAAACGCGGCUGGACGAGCUCCUAGAGAAGAACAGGCGCCAGCAGCAGCAAACACGUCAGCGCAUGGAGGUGCUGAAUGUUCUGGACCGCAUGAGAGGCAAGGAAGAGGACGACGACGACGACAACGAUGAUGAUGAUGAUGAUGAUGAUGAUGAUGAUGAUGAUGAGGAGGACGACGGUGUUGGUACAGUCGAUGGUGAUGGUAAUGACGAUAGGGGCAAUAUUGGUGGCAGUGGUGAGGGUCAGUUCAGCUGGGAGCACGGGACCACUGGCGCUCCAUCGGCCCAGAAGCACAGAUCAACUGGCAGGGCAGGCAAGCGCACGCAGCAGCAACGGCACGUGUCACGCAUCCCUGUCCUCUCGGAAGAGCUUCAAGGAAUGGAAGCGGAAGUGCAAGCAGCCAUGGCGGAGAUCCAGAAGCAGCUUAAGCAAGGCGUUGACUCGCCCUUGCCCGCCCGGCGCCACCCACGUCAGCACCACCAGCAGCACCAGCACCAGCACCAACAACACCAGCAACAGCAGCGACAACAGCGGAGACAGCCAAGGGUGAGAAGAGAAGAUGGAACAGAGGUAGGCAGCGAUGCGGCCGAAUGGGCCCAAAGAAACAAGGAAGAAGAAGGCAGCAGCGGCGACAUGGACACGGUGGCGUCAGAUGUGUCCUCCUCGACACAGGCAGCAGGAGGCUGGAGCGAUGCUGCCUCGCCAGACCACUCUGCGCAACUGGACAGCACAGCGUCGCACGCCUCCAGCCCGUACAGGCAACCAAGGCAGGCGGGACGAUGGGGCGAGGAAGGCGGCAGAGUGGCAGCACGUGACAGCCAUCGCGGCACUCAACAGCGACACGGCAACGAAGUGGUGCGCAUGGCUGGGAGUGGGAGACAGACUGUGCAGCGGCUGCUCGGACAGGAGCUCUCGCAGGAGAGACAACGUCGCCUACAUGCCGAGGCUGUCGUUGAACAGCUGCAACAGCAGGUUGAGGAGGAGCGGGCACGUGUCAGCCACGCCAACUCAAGACUGGCAACUGUGAUGAACACAAUGUCGCGUCUUGAAGGAGUUCUCACCCGGAGCACGCAGAAGAACAAGAGCCUCCAGGAUGUGAUCACACAGAAGAACCAUCAGAUUGAUCAAGCUGAGAAGCGCGAGAGACAACACCAGGACAAGAUACGAAAGCUGGAGAGGGAGUUGCGUGCACAAUCGGAUCAGUUCCAGGCACAAACCAAGACCAUCCUUGACUUGAAGGAUGCAGUGCAGCGGACAAAUCUGCAGCAGCUUGAGCGCGUGCGUGCGGCGGAGAUGGAGACAUUGUCCGUGCAGAACCAAGCUGAGAUGCACCGCCAGGCACUCAAGCAGGCAAACAAGACCAUCAAGAAGCUCGAGGCGACGUUGACUGAGCGGGAGACGGUGCAUUCACGCCGAAUGGACGGGCUCAUUUCCCCACACGGACCAGAGGUGCAGCGUAUUGUGAACCAGCGUGAGCGUGAGCUGCAGUCGCAUUUUGAUGCUCUGCAAAAUGCAAAACAGCAGGAGCUGGACGACAUUCGCAGCAAGUACCAGGUACUGGAAGGCGAGUACCACACUGCGCUGCGCUACGAGCAGCAGCGCAAUUCAUCACUUCAGGAGGAAUUUGCAAGUACGCAGCAGGACUUGAAGCAGGCGCGCGAAGCACUCGAAGUUGCAAAGGAAGAGGCGACGAAGAAUGCACAGCUGCUGGAAGAGAUGGCAAACGUGAUUCGACAGCAGCAGACGCAUCUCAAGCAGCAGUCGGUUCGCAUCAAAACCAUCACUCGAGAGAAGGAUCGUCUUGCCCGGCAUCUCGCUGAGCAAAAAGAGCAGCGACGCGAGGACCAAUCGGCAUUUGCAUCAAAACUGGACGAGCUCAAGGACGCAAACAACAAGGUUGAGGCGCUUGAAAAUGUCAUCAGCGGUCUUCGCAAAGAACGCGAACUCUGGUCCCACGAACUUGCAAACCAGGGCGCGAGUUUGGCUGCAGAUCGGGGCAAAUUGGAAGCGAAGGCGCAACAGAUGCAGCAGCGUGUGGAACAGCUUGAAGAGCAGUUGAAGGAACUCAACCAAACACUCGUCGUUAAGGACAAAGUGAUUGAUGAUCAGGCAGAGGAACUGAAGGUGUUGCGCGUUCGCGUUGCCGACGCCCAGCGCGAGCUUUCCCGCGUCACAGAACAACACAGAGAGCGGGAGGCGGAUUUGCAAGACCGGCUUGAUGUGGAGCGCGAGCUGUCGCAACAGCUUCAGUCUGACUUGGAGGCUGCCGUAGGGAAGAAGGCGCGGGUACGCGAAGAGCUGUCUGCAUUGUCUGCAGAGAACGACACCCUUCGCAAGGAAAACCAACGGCUCAAGUCGAGCUGGGAGGAGACGGGGAUGAAGUUGGGGCAGCUGGAAUUGGAAGUCCAGAGCAUGGAGCGGGCAUCGCGAAAGCGAGAAGAGAAUGCGGUGCGGGAAAAGGAGGAGGCUGAGAUGGCGCUGUUGCAGGCGCGCGAAGAGGCAGAUGCGGCAAAGGAACAGCACCGGCGUGAGCUUGCACGCAUCACCAAGCAGCACGAGCAAGUGGUGCAAGUGCUGGAUACGACGCGAAAGGAGCUUGAGAGCGCGUAUCAAACAAUCGAGCAGCAGGCAGCACAGCUACAGGCAGCCGAAGCGGAAGCCGAGAAGCGGAGGCGAGUGCACGACGGAAAGAUUUCGCAACUGCAGGCGCUGAUCCAAGAGCUGAACUCGGAUGAGCCCGCGUGAUGUGACACGUUGUGGAGCAAAACGAUAACCUUGGGAGGGAGAGCCGGGGGGGG